UGUAUUGCGCACCAUUUUAAUGCGCACUGUAAGUAUUAAUUUGACAACACACCACGCAUGACAAUUUCAGGAAUCUAUUUAACUUGAAGGCUUGACGAGUGAAAAACUCAUCAAUUGCAUAAGUCUAAGUCUUACAAGUCAUUAAAAAAAAAAAAUCAAACUUCAUUGAAAAAAUGUCUCAAAAUGCUUCAACUGUUAAGGUUUCACUAUUUUGGGAUGGAGAUAUCGUCGAGGACAAUUACUCCAUUCGUUAUAGUAUCAAACCAAAAGCCCAUGUUAAAUUUCCAACAACUUUAAAUUAUGAAACACUAGUCAGUUACAUGCACAAAAGAAUGAAAACUACACCCACUGAGAUUGGAAUCUCAAUAACUGGCAGAUAUCCACAAACAAUAUCAAACGGUGUAGUGCGUUAUGGCAUGCACAAUAUCAACGAUGAUGAAUCUUUGAGUGAUUAUUUGGGAUCGCCGGAAGAAUAUCGUGAUUUAGUAUUCAUUAAUGUUCUUGAGAUGUAUGUUGAAAAGAUACCUCGGGAAGAAGUCCCUCAAGUCCAGCCUAUUCAUGGUAACACUUAUGGGGACUUUAGUUCUUAUGGAGACAUUUUGAGUGGUCAAGUGCCGCUGAAAAAUCUAAGCCAGCAAUUUAAUCAAGCUUACAAUGAAAAUUGGAACUAUUCUCAAAACUCGCCAGUGGUACCAAAUAUGGAUGUUGGUCAAUCCUCUCAGUUUGGUGAAGUUGAUCAUUCUCCACACCAUGACAGUGCUUAUGAACAACAGUAAGUUCAUCACCUUGAUAUUAAAUUAUCUAUAUAUAUGUAUGAUGUUGGUAUUUAAAAUAUGUUACUUUUCGUGUAGGAGGAUGAAUGCACUUAAUAAUGAAGAUUUUUCUAAUUAUUAUGAGUCAUCAUCAAGUGAUGACGAUGAAAUAGCUAAUAAUGCAGAGGUAACCGAUGAUGAAGAUGAUGAUGAUGUUCAAGUUGGUAUGACCAACAAUAUUCCACAAAGCCAAAACCAACAAGAACCACUGCACCACU